GAACGGCUCCUGUCUGAGGUGAUAUCACAAUGCAGUGUGUGUGUGUGGGGGGGUGGGGUGGUGUAUCUGUCCCCCCCCCCCACAGUCCUCACUCACUCUGUGGUGGUCGGUGCCAUGUCUAGCAGCCUGUCGGUGCUGCUGAGCGUGGCCCUCCUUGCAGUGCUGGGCACGGUGCCCAAUCUGCUGCUGGUGCCAGGCCCUCCGCCCGUCCUCCUGCUGCGUCUGCCCUUCAUCUCUCACAACCCAUUCCGCCUGCGGUGCCCCGGGGGUGAGCGGAGCGGUAAUCUGCACUGGGAGUACAGCAACGGCAGCGAGGCGCUGACUAUCGCGGGCCCCUGGGCGGCUCACUAUUACCGCGGGCCCCUCAAGCAGUUGAAGAUGAGGAGCCGCGUGCUGUGGGACCAGCUGGAGGUCCGGCACGCCCGGCCCAGGGACUCCGGCCUCUACGUGUGCAAGGACGGCCAGCGCACGGUGGCGCGCUUCCAGGUCGAGGUUCAGGACGCCACCAGGCUGCACGUCUCCCAGGAGGCUCUGGGCCAGUGGGGGUUGGGCAGGCUGCCUGCCCCCCCUCCCGGCCGCAGGACCCUCCUCUUCACCGUCUGGAGCUCCUGGCAGGCGUGUGACCGCUGCGGAUCCCCGGGGGAGCGCAAGAGACUGGGCUACUGCUACGGCCGGGCCGGCGCUGAGACGGUGCCCUGUGGCCUGAUGACUGGGCUGGGCUUCCUCUCGCCCCCGCGCGGGCCGGAGCUGCAGGUGGAGGUCUGCCGUGUCAGCUGCCCCCUGAGGGUCACUCCCCCGCCCCCCAGCCCGCGUACCCGCCUGGCGCGGCCAGGCUCCCACCUCGUGCUGUCCUGCCCAGGAGGCUCCAUCCACCGGCCGGUGUCAUGGCAGCGGGACGGGGUGCCCCUGACCCGAGCAAUGCUGCUCCGGCACAGGGGCGAGGCGUCCUCUCACUGGCUGGACCCCCUGACCGGGGGAGCCAGUUACUGUAUCGCCCGGGUAGCUGCCUCUGACCGCGGCCUGUACCGCUGCCAGGUGGGAGGCAGGCCGGCUGCCAGCUUCCGGCUGGUGCUCCCCAAUGCGCCCACCCCACACCGCCGCUUCGAGCUGGUGAGAAUACUGGGGGCAGCCCGCGCGCUGCUGGCCACCUUCGCUGCCCUCUUCAUCAGCAGUGCCCUCCUGGAGCUGGCUCACUGCUGCUACCCCCGACCCCUGGCACUGCCAGGGUCACUGACCCUCCCCCUGACACCUGACCCCUGGCACUGCCGGGGUCAGUGACCUUCCCCCUGACACCUGACCCCUGGCACUGCCAGGGUCCCUGACCCUCCCCCUGGCACCCGACCCCUGGCACUGCCGGGGUCACUGACCCCCUUCACCCUGACUCCUGUCCCUGAGGCGGCUCUGUUUCUCCCAACCCCCCGGCCCUUGUCCCUGGGCAGGUCUCCCCCCCCCACCGACUGUACCGCUGUGGCUGCAGGAUCCGUCUGUCCCCGUCAUUAAAGAGUUUAUUUAUUUAUGCGAAAGGAAUUCUGAGUCCGUUUGUCCCUCAGAGUCUGCCUGGAGGAAGAGGCUGGAGCUGUCUUGGUUUGCGGCUGUGGUCACCAGUGUCUUGCUCGUGUGCCCGGUUAGAGUGAGGGACUGGCGCAGUGCGAUACAAGCCUUGUUGUGUCACUGUGCACCGAGCUCCUCUCCCUGUGUGACACAGGCUGCUUUGUGGGGACUGUGCUGUCAGGCUGUGGCUGAGUGACUGGGCAGAUGGGGAGCUCGCAUGUACACAGGCGUGUGCUGGCUGCUUGGCUCCGACCAAUGGCAGGGUGAAAUU